GUGCAGUUUGUCCAGUUUGUCAUGUUUCAACUUGAACUUUGGACAACGCAACUUCAAGUGCACCGGAAUCUUGCGGAAACAGCGGUUUUUUGAUGGUUUUAUCGCGAAAUAACAUUGGAAAAUGGCUACUCCGGCACGGCGAGCUUCCAGUCGACUGUCGCUGUCGCGAAAGUUCUCCCAAUCGGCGUCCAAAGCGGGCUCCAGGGCAAGCUCCGUGAAGUCCGCCGGGGACGACACCACCAAGUUCAUCAACGAGCUAAAGGACAACCCAUUCAAGGUGACUAAGCUCACGCUCGACCAGGAGGACGAUCUACUGUCGGCCGCGCCGGAUGCUCUCUCGCUUACGUCCCGCGAAUCUCCCGAGCUCAAGCACCCAGUCAUUCCGACCAUUCCGGAAUGUAUCGAACUGAGCAGCGAAAGCGAGUCGGAGAUGCCGAAAACCCCGCCCAAGAAGCAGCAGCAGCAAGAUCAGAACUUUAAUUUUUUCACCCCGGCCAGGUCGCGCAAGAAGCAUCCGGCAACGGUCGCAUCCAGCUCGGGCCUCGGUGUGAGUACGCUGAAGAGUACGACCCGUAAGACGGUUUCGAGCAGCAAGACGAACGCGACGGCCGGACGCGACUCGAGCAAGGUCAAGAAGGUCCGCCGGCAGAUCUGCAAGAGCAGCAACAUUAAGAUGUUGACGAGCAAGUACUUUGACGAUUCGCAGAAGCGCAUUACGGGCUUCUUCCAGAAGAAGGAGGAAGGCGACGGGAGUCGUUUCGGUUAUCAUACCGUCAUUAAGCGAUCGCUGAUGCCGGCCAUCAACACAGGAGAUGAAAAUUUGGAGGACUUUCUUGCGGUUGAGGUGACGGAAGGGACGCAACCACUGCGGCCGAGCCAGAUUGAGGGACCUCAGCGAAGCCAGCAGCCGGGCGACGAUCCGCAGAAGAUUCUCGAGCGAAUUGAGGCGGCACAAAGUGCCUGCAUCGACGACCGCGUUGAGGCCAUCAACAUGGAGGAGGAUCAGGUUGCGAUGGCCAUCCCUUGCGACGAGCCCGACCUCGACUCGGGAAUAUCCACAACGACCUCUCGCAAACCACCGGCGAAAACCCCCGCAGCCAAGCGCAAAUCCACCGUUGCGACCACCGCAAAAUCCACCGCGAAGCGGCGACCCCGCGGCCCGAUCAUCGUCCCCAAGUACAAAAUCGUAGCCGGAACGACCUUCGCGGUGGACGCGUUCCGGUACGGGGACAUUGCCGGCGUGACGCACUACUUUCUGAGUCACUUCCACGCCGAUCACUACAUCGGGCUGAAGAAGAGCUUCGACAAGCCGCUGAUCAUGUCGCCGAUCACGGCGAGCCUCGUGGCGGCGUUCAUCAACGUGGACCGGGUGCACUACAUACUGCUGGAUCUGCACGAGACGAUCGUGCUGGACGGGGUGAGGAUUACGGCGCUGGACGCGAAUCACUGCCCUGGCGCGGUCCUCUUCCUGUUCCAACUGCCCACGGGGACCAACCUGCUCCACACCGGUGACUUCCGGGCCUCGCCCGCGAUGGAAGAGUACCCGGAGUUCUGGAACAUGGACAUCCAUACGCUGUACCUGGACACGACGUACCUCUCCACCAAGUACUGCUUCAAGGACCAGUGGGAGAGCGUGUCGGAUGCGGUUCGCGAGGUCAAGACGUUCCUGGGGCGGAACAUUGGCCGCAACGUGCUGAUCGUGUGCGGCAGCUACCUCGUCGGCAAGGAGAAGGUCUGGCUCGAGUUGGCCGCCCGGACGGGCUUCCGCGUGUGGACCGAGCCGAACCGACGCAAGGCUGUGGACGCCGUGGCGGUGGAAUGUCCGCUGCAGACCCGCGGGGUGAUCGUGGACGACCCGCGGGACGCGCAGAUUCACGUGCUCAGCAUGGGCAAGUUGGCGUACGAUGAACUGGUGGCGUACAUGGACGAGCACCCGGAGCGGGAAUGCGUGCUGGCGUUGCGUCCCAGCGGCUGGGAGAAGAACAGCCGACCGCAGUACCGUGGACGGAUCAACAUCGUCGGCAUCGAGUACUCGGAGCAUUCGAGCUACGACGAGUUGCGUCGGUUUGUGCGGUUUUUGCGGCCGCGCGAAGUCAUCAGCACGGUUCCGUACGGCAACACGAACCUGAACCGUACGCCGCAGGUUCCGACCAGCUGGUACCAGGGUCCGAUUCGGCCCGAGAAGCCACCGCUGCAGACGGCCAUCACGUCGUACUUUAAGGUCGGUGGAGGCGAGAAGGGCGCGAAGGGGGAGGAUGAGGAGGGGGGUGCGAAGAAAGAGGGAUCGGAACCGAAGGAAACAUUGCCGGAGGACACGCCGACGAAGGCCGCCGAAAAGGUGGAGCCCGUGAAGGAUGAUUACACGAUUGUGGACAGUGACAGUGAUUGGAUGUAGCGCAUUCCCUUAUCUCUAGUUUUUCAGACAUUUGCAGAAUAGAAUUCUCAAGUUCGUUGUUUUUUUUUUGCUUACAAUUAAUUACGAAUAAAACCGACUUUACUUAAAUGUUUUAGAAAAGUUUUGAAAGGUGCCAAAGCAUUUAAAAAAUAGUUUUCUAGGCGCGAACUUAGGCGUAGCGAUUAAAGUGCCUUGUACAGAUAAAAUGAGAAUAUGACAAAGUUAUAUCAUUGUUACCAUAUUUGUAAGACUGAUGGAUUUGAUAAGAUAGAAUAUACAAAAAC